AUGGCCAGCGGAGGUUAUUAUAUUAUGCUUGUGUUGGGUCUACUGCUCUUACUGGGCACUAUGCCUGGCCACGAGGCUGCGCCCGCUUCGGAGGGCGAGCCCGACCAUUUGGUGCGUGUCUACAGAAUCGAUCAACAGCAAUAUGAGAAGGUUCUUAAUCUGACGAACGCCAAAAAUUUCAUAUCAGAGGCUCGCCUGAUAAGCGGCGGCUUUUCAUCGGUUAGCAAUGGCUUCAACUCGCUCACCAAAGACCUGAGCUCGGGAUGGAAUUCGUUGUUACGCAUUGUGGGGUUCACGCCCACGAGUAAGCAGAAUGAAGUCAAGGUCGAUGGCCAGCCUCUGUGCGUGGUGAAAACAAGGGAAGGAGUGGUAGCCGAUCAAAUAUACGCAGAUUUCGAAGAUGAUUCUGUGAUCAAUUGUAUCGUAGUGUUGGAGAAUAAGAAUACCUUGGAAAAUAAAGUAUUAGGUGGUACAGUAACGUAUGAUGGCAGCCCUGCACAGUACCCCGUACCUAGCACGAGUGAAGAUAUUUCGAACUUGGUGCGAUUACAUGACAUAUCCUCUCCGCUUGCCGCGCCACCAGCUCCAGGAAAGGAGACUCAGGACACAGAAGAAAUGGUUGUUGCGGAACCAAUGGUCACUUUUAUUGUUGAAGAUGAGCCAGAAAGUACAACACUAACUCCAAUUGUAGAGUCUAAGACCACAAUAAGUACCACAGAAAACCCAAAUCAAGCAGUGAGGCCAAAAUCAAAACCAAAGCCAAAAGUAAGAGCCACGAAUGCACCCAAAAGCAGGAAACAGACAGUACGCAGAAGGCCAAGCUAUAAGACUUCCAAUAUAAAUGGCCACAAGUUCACAUCGCGCCAGUAUGAAAAUCCUUACAGUCAAUAUGGUAGCGAAAAUAGUUAUUCAUAUCCUGAACAAAACUCCUACCCAUAUCCAUAUGCGUCCUUCAGCCCGGCACUUACUCCUGACCCCUACUAUGGCCAACAGUUUGGCCCUGCGCCGUUUUACGGUCAGCCAAGUUAUGGUCCAUCCAAUACCUCUCCCUAUCCAUAUGGCUAUAAUUCUUUCUACGAGCAGACAGAGGAGCCGACAAUCCCCGGGAAUGGGGAAGAAGAAAUUUAUGGUUUAGUCGAAGAAGUUCCUGAAGAUGUGGAUGAAGAUAGUUCGGAGCUCGACAAUUAUAAUCGCAGUAACGACCCAUACAGUGUGCAUGUGCAAAAUGGAUGGGGUUAUGAUUAUUAA